UUCCAAGCUCCAUGUUGACGGAUAGAGUCGGAAUGUAAAGCAUGGCCGGGGAAGGCGAGAAGAAACCAGUUCUGGAGAUGGUCCAGGCUGAUGGGGCUGAUGAGGGCUGUGUGACAUUUGUGCUCCAUGAUGAAGACCAUACUUUGGGCAACUCCCUCAGAUAUAUGAUCAUGAAGGGUGCGGAUGUGGAGUUUUGUGGCUACACCAUCACCCAUCCAUCUGAGAGCAAGAUCAACUUUCGCAUUCAGACACGAGGGGGACUUCCGGCCACAGAGCCACUGCGGAGGGGCCUGAAUGAGCUCAGUGAUGUCUGUCAGCAUGUUCUCAACACUUUCCAGGCGAGAGUUAAUGAGUUCAAGGAGAGUCAGGAGCAGCCCAUGGAAUGAAGAGCAUCACGUAUAUGUGUCUGUGAAGCUGUCAGACGCAGCGUCUACUAACAUUAUCAACAUUGCUUUAUAUGCCUCCUGGUUAGAGUAUGAAAAGUUCUUGUCACAUUCAAACAUUUGUAUAGUUUUCAUUUUUGUCAUGUUACCAUUGGUCCAGGCUGUACAAGAAAUGUAUUUGAUAUCUGGCCUGUGUUCAUCAUUCCUGAAUUUUUGGAAUGAUUAGCAAAAUAAAUUUAAGAUGUGAAACAAUUA